CAAAGCACUAAUGAUGGAGCUUGUCUUUGUCUUAUAUUUCUCUGCUACCAUUUUGCUUAUGGAGAUUCCCAAAGGUCAAAGUGCCAGUAUAAUUGGAGGGAAAGAAUCAUCUCCCCAUUCAAGACCUUUCAUGGCCCUAAUCAAAGGAAAAGACUACUGUGGAGGAACUUUGGUCAAGGAAAGCUGGGUUUUAACAGCUGCUCAUUGUAAUGUGGGCAGUAAUCCUGAAAUCAUUCUUGGAGCUCAUUCAUUAUCUAAGAAAGAAGAAACCCAGCAGAUUUUUAAAAUUGUUAAAUCGGUACCCUCCCCAUGCUUUAAUUGGGACACCAUGGACAACGACAUUAUGCUUCUCCAGCUCAACAGAACAGCAAAACUCAACCAAUACGUGAAGACCAUUAAGCUUACUAAUAUUUACAAAGAUCUCAAAGCAGGCACACAGUGUCUUGUAGCUGGAUGGGGCAUUACUCAUAACAAAGACAGAAAAGCCUCCGAUACGCUGCAUGAAGCGAAUGUCACAGUCUUUGAGAGGAGCAUCUGCAAUGACAUGAAACACUACAAUUCCAAUCCAGUUGUCACACUGAACAUGGUAUGUGCUGGUGACAAGAAAGGAAAGAGAGAUACAUGUAAGGGUGACUCUGGUGGUCCUUUGAUAUGCAAGGGUGAACAAAGAGGCAUCACAUCCUUUGGAAAACCAUCAAAAUGUGGCACAGCCCAAUACCCUGGUGUCUACACUCGGCUUACAAAGACCCAUCUCUUGUGGAUACAUAAAAUCAUAGGAGGCGACUGAACAUCAAUUUUGUGAUUCCCUUUCCUGAUAAUUGCCAUUUUGGCAGGCCUUUACAAAUUGCUUUCAUUCAGGCAAAAGUAUAUUAUGAAUAUUGCAAUCUUUCCCAAUUAAUAAAAUGCACUGGUCGUAUACGUUCUAAUCAAACAAUUAAUGAAUAUAAUUGCAUAUUAGUAACACUGUAAUUGUGAGUUAAAAUUCUGCAUGAAUAUAUCUUACUGUAACCAUCUCAGAAGAUACGUUACAGUAGAAGGAAUGUCUUUCUUAAAUCAGGGUGUAUGGCUCAGCUUUUAAAUACUUAAUAUAGUACCUUCAUGGGAAAAAAUGCUUUGCAAUUAAUCAUGGACAUGAUUCAUCUAUCCAAUUAUGCAAUUAAAUAUUGCAGCCCUA